UUUUGUUUUUGUGUCUUGUUUUUUGUUGUUGUUGUUGUUCAGGUUUAAGAGGAUUGGCUGAGUUUUAUGACUAUCUGAAAUUCUUACAAUUUAAUCACAUUUCAGAUUCCAAGCUACAAACUGCUGAUUAUUUUAAACAACUAGUUCAGAAGAUCUGAUGGUUCCAGAUCUAUCUCAGAGGGUCUAUAUAGAAGAAGAUGGCUGUCAAUAAAAGAAAACAGAGGUUGGAGCAAGUUUUUGUGUUGUUUUUUGUUGUUGUUUUUUUGCAAAGACAAGAACUUUGGAUAGACACAGUGAACUAAGUGGAUGGAAACUGUAGAUCUGGGAGGGUCAUUAUUGUGCUGGUUAACACUGUGAGCGGUAGAAAGGUGUGUAUAUGUGUGUGUGAUCAGAGGAAAUAAUGGUUAUCCAGAAAGGUCUGGGAGAGAAUGGUCAGACUGUUCAAACAAAAGCUGUAGUGUCACAUGCUCCAUCAGCUCAGAGGCUCCAGUGUGGCACAUCGAGUGGUGAUGUGGGAUCAUCAGGAGCUGUGACUGGAAUCUGUUAUCAAUGGAUAGAACUGAUCAGGGAGUCCAUCACGAACUCUGUCCACCAUGUCUCUGUCUGUCCGUCCAGUCAGACGCAUCACAUCCAGGUCCAUCACUAGGAGCCAGAGCUUCACUGGAGUUAACAUACAGGAGAGGCCUUACAGGAACCUCUCAGUGUUCAGCACUCCUGGUAUCAGCAGGAAGUCCAGCCGAGCGAGUGGACUCUUCACUAUGUCUACCAAAGCCAACCCACCACCGAAAGUUCCUCAACCAGAGCGGCUGGAUGAGGUCUACAAUGCUCUGAAAAAAGGGCUCCAAUCUUACCUGCAUGUUUACCAAAUGGAUCUGGAAAACAUCAACAGACAGAUUAGAAUGUCUAAGAGAAACUCCAGACUGGGUUUCCUUUAUGAGUUAGAUAAGCAAGUUAAGGUGAUUGAGCGGUACAUCACAAAGCUGGAGUUUCAUCUCAGUAAGGUUGAGGAGUUUUAUGAAGCCUAUUGCCUGCAGAGGAAACUGAGAGAUGGAGCACACAAGAUAGUGAAGGCAUACACAGCCAACCCAGGAAGCAAGGAGGCCAAGGAGAGCCUGGGAGAGGCUUCUAAAGGAUACAAGGAAUGCACGGAGAAUAUGUGUGUGAUGGAAAAUGACUUUGAGAACCAGCUUGGAGAAUUCCACAUCAGAUUGAAAGGUCUUGCAGGAUUUGCCAGGUUGUGUGCAGGGGAUCAGUAUGAGAUCUUUAUGAAGUAUGGCCGACAGCGAUGGAAACUGCGGGGAAGGAUAGAAAUCAACGGCAAGCAGGUGUGGGACAGUGAAGAGACGGUGUUUCUCCCUCUCAUUAACGAGUUCCUCUCUGUGAAGGUGACAGAACUGAAGAGCUUAGCCAAUCACGUGGUCGUAGGGAAUGUUUCCUGUGAAAUGAAAGACCUGUUUGCUCCACUCACCCAGGUGGUUGCUGUGGAUAUAAAUGAUCUUGGCACUCUUAAACUUAGCCUUGAAGUUACCUGGAAUCCAUUUGAUAAAGAUGACCAGGCUGGUCUUGUCAACAAAACACCAACAGUUUCAUCAAACAUCCUCAGACAACCAGGGACACCACCUGUACGCAGUCAACCCUUCCCUAUUCCUGACGACAGUCCAGAUGGGGAAGUAAAAGAGCCGCCCUGGUCAAUCUCAGACUCAUCUGAUGACUCCGCCGGCCGUCAGUCGUCUGUGCCGGUGGAACCCAGCUCUCCACUUCUCAUGCCCGAGGUUCACUAUUCUCCUCCUCCUACUGAGAUUCCCAAUGGGAGUUCCACUUUAAAGGCUUCCAACAUUCAAUUUGCAUAUGUAGGCGACAUCCCCAGGAUGAUGGAAGAGGAACCAGUAACAAAUGGCCUUCUUGAGGAGCUGGAUUUGGUGGGAACCAUCAGCCCCAGCCCAGUACACGGGCAGUCUUAUGCUCGCUCUCUGAGUCACAUCAGUGAGAGUAGCACUGAUGGGUUUGUGGAUUCAUCAGUUGGUGAUUCAGGAGAUGUAACCUCUCUGAUGUCUGGGAUCUCUAUAAAUGACAUAGAGAUCCCCCGUAGAACAUCUGAACCAGCAAGCUCCUCCCUCAUGCACACUGACAUUCCACCAAGCCUCUGUGUUGUGGAGGAAAUCCCAAAUGCCAGUCCCAUUCCUGACCCACUCAUUCAUGCACAUGAAGAAUCCUUUUUUCCCCAGGUUGAGAGGGAUGAGCCAAACAGAUUUUAUCCUGACUUAGAGUACACAAACCCAUCCACAACCAGCAGAAAUGGGACCUACAGAGCUCAAAAAGUGCUGGUGACAGAGGACAGGCCAUGUGUGGGAGCAAGUUGGUUACCUGGAGGGAGUGACAGUGUGGUGGACAGUGAGCUGGAGGAUGCCCUGGAAAUUCUUCUUUCCUCUCUGGAUGAUUAUAGAGGACAGUUUCCUGAGUUGCAAACACUUGAACAAAACCUAAGGCUCCUGCAGGUAACUCUGAAGGGGACCAGUCACAGCCGUUCAGCCAGCUUGGCCAGCCUCUCAGUGGAAUCAGCUUUGGGCAGCUUUGACUUUCUAUCUGACUGUGAGGAAGAGGAGGAGAAGAUGAGUAACAGGAAGAUGAGGAAUGGCAGACAAGAGCAUGGGGACUGGGACAGUCCUCCCCUCCUCCAUUCACCUCUCACCACCAGCUGUGCCACUCUGGACUCCUCCCUGGUGGUCCAUCUGAAGAACUGCACUACACAGCUUUUGCGUCUUGGCACGUUUGGUCCCCUGCGCUGUGGAGAGAUGUACGCCUUAGACAAACUGCUGAGAGAGACACGUGUCUUUGAAAUCAUCCUUCGAAUCGUUAGGGACAACCCCAACCAGCCCAGGCAGCCUGCUGAAGUGAUACCAGAGCUGGGCCACUGCUUCGGUGCUCUGUCCCUCUGGGAACAGAGUACAGAGUGCGGCACUGUGUACUGUGUCUCUGUUGAGAAUUUUCUCUCCACUUUGUCUACAUCAUACUCCAGCAUGGCUCAUGGAGGGGCUGAUGCAGUGUUCUUAUGCCUGGUUGAGCAAAUUUUGGAUCAGAGGUUACCACGACGAGGCAACACAGGCAAAGGAAUUAUCACAGUGUUUCAGCUGUGGAGUUACUUGGAGUCUAACGGGAUCAGUGACAUUGAGAUGCACAUCGCUGAGCUAGCAGAAGAGGUGUUCCUGGUGCAGAGCCUCAGAUCCACUGACCUGGAUGUAAUUAUAAAUACUUUGAGACGGCCUCCUGAGCACAACCUGAGGAGAGGAGAGCUCCAUGCUGUUGCCAAGUUAUUGAAAGAUCCACGAGGCAAAGUGUCAACAUCUGCCAGCUCUUUACUGAGAGGCCUGACUGCUCAGCCCACACAGAGAGAACAGGCUUUGGUGCACUGCUUGGAGCUGCUGGAAGAUGAAGACAUAGACACCAGAGUGUGUGGAUGCAAAGCUUUGGCAUGUCUCAAGGCCAAAGAAAGCAUUGAGCAGCUGGUGUAUAUUUGUCAGACAGACAAGGAAGAUGUCCGAGAUGCUGCCAAACAAGCACUGCUGACACUGGGUGAGGAAGGAAAGAUGGCCUACAGACACGUGGAAAUAUCUCAGGACAGCUUGCCGAGACUCUUUGCUCCAGGAAGCAUGGCCAGCACAGCCUUCUGACCGGACCCAGCUUCUGGCAGUCCCAGCACAUCAACAACAUGGCACCACAGUAUCUACUGUGUCCAUCUGCUAAUGUGGAGAACCAGCUAUAACUUAAACCUUUAUUAAGCAGUCAUUUAUAGUUAGGAGUACUUCAAACAAAUUUGUCACAAAUGAUCACAUUUCUAAAUUAACAAAGAAAUGAAGUUCAACCUUCAUUAUUAUACAGUAUGAAGAACUUUUAGUGUUACCCAAACAGAGAGUUCCAGCACUGGCUUAUCAGCCAGUGCUGGAACUAAAUGGAGUCCAGUAAAGGCUCCAUUCAGUAAGUUGUUGCUGCUCCUUUUGUCACCAAACGAUCCACAUCUGUAGGAAACCAGUUGUGGCCACAGCAGGCUGCAGAUUUCUGUAGCCAUAGUGACUGAUGCCUACAGACAGAACGUAGCCAUGACUAGAACUGACUCUGCUCUUAUGCCUUCUCCAUGGAACCUGCAUCAUCUGCUAUCUGGAGUGAACAUUUGAAACAGAACUUCUGUAGUCUGCAGAAAACAGCAGGUCUUCAUUCCACUUCUAGUGCUAAAGUCAAACUACAGGCAUUUCUGAGGGAGGAAAAUAACACACACAGAAUAAUCACUGGGUAUUAAAGGAGUUAUUGAGAAAUACUUUUUACAGUACAAUUUAAUUAUGCUUUUUAUUGCACAUAUAAAAUAUUCCCAAUAUUCAGGUCAGUAGUGGCCUAAGGCAGAAUGUUUAAAAUGAAGCUGGUGAGUUAACCUAGUUACGUCACCAGUAGUUGUCAUUAUGACCCCUUUUAACCAACUCCUCUUCACCACCAUUUUUUAUACUCCUUUCUUCACAUCCAUAUUCCUCAACUCUCUUAUGACUAGAUUUUUUUUUACGUGACUCCCCCAGCCACUAUUUGUGACCCAUUUUCAUCUGACUGGUUAACAUCAUCCAGCUGCAGGUUUGCCCAGCAAAUAAACUGAAUGUAUAAUGUGUUUUCAUCCAGACAUGUGGUGUGUGGCUUAUAAUGAUGUGAAUUAUCCUCCAUUUCAGAAUUGUAAUACAAAUAACUCAUCCUGCCAAGGAGGCCUUUAUGUUGAAUGUUGCUAUAUUUGAAAGAGAGAAUGCAGGAUGCCAUAAAGUUUUAAAUUGUACAUUUGAAUGAAGCUACAAUAGAAGUUUAUAUUGAAGUUUAUUGUUCUGUGAAUACAUGUUUUUGAGUUGAGCUUUAUUUGACCAAUUUCCUGUAAAUGGUCUACUGAAUAUUAACUGUCCCAGAUUACUGCCAUCUGCAAACAGGGCAGGGCUUCAAAGAAAAGCUUCUUUGUUGCUUCCUGUUAGCUAAAUGUUAUAGGAAUAAUUGUCCUUGAAGGAGCCUACCGAAACACACCAAAACUGUAUUACUGGUCCACACUAGUGUUUUACAACCAGUUUUAAAGUUUUGUGUGAAAAUUAUAUAUUUAGCUUUUAUCAUUUUCUUCUGCAAUAUCAAUUUGGCAUUUAUAAAUUCUGCCAUUUUCUAACGUGGGUUCAUUGAAUUAAGCAAAUAAAAAAAGACAUGUCAGUCAUUACAUGAGUAAUGACAUUUAAUCAGAAUAACUGCAAAAAUAUAAGGGUGCUUCUUUCCUGUGAGGUGUUUUUAUCUAAGUAUUUGUAAAUAUUUUCUUAUUUUCAUUAAAUGAUAAGGAAUUAUUUCUUUUUAUUUUGGAAACUGGGAUUUCUUUCCAUUCUGAAUGUUGACAAAUUGCUAUAAGUUACAGAGUAAUGAUUGUUUUCUUUGAAGUCUGUAUAUUGUAUCUGUCACACACUGUCAGACUGUCUGUAUAUGAACAGGAUUGGACCACACAGAUUAUUGCACCUUGACGAACUUUGUAACAACAGACUCACUGAAAAUGCCAAACUGUGGAGCACCAGUCAACUCAGUUGCUUAUCCUAAGUGCAAUUUGUUUUGUUAAUCUAAUAGUAGCGUUACUCUGCCUUUUCCUCUGCAAUAUCACUGCACUGUAAAGUAUAUUGUUAAUAUUUUUGAUAAAUUAUAUAAGAAAAGACUGUUCUCACUUUGCCUGUUUUGUUUCUGCUGAAAUGGUUCUGAUAACGUAAAAACAUUUAUGGAUUAUGGAACUCCCUCAUUUUAUGAGCACUUUAAUCAAGUUCAUAACAGAAUAUAUUCACACAGUAAAAUUGAUUCCAUGAAUAAAUUAUUUCAAAACAUGAUAAAUACAGUUCUUGUGUACUGUUCACCUGUUUUGCUACUUAAAGUAAUUGGUGUGUUGAUGCUAGCCUAUAAUCUGUUGCCAAAACACGCUGCAAUUUAUUUUCAAUCUUUUUUUCCCCUUUUUAUCAUUACUGCAAUAAAUAACAUGAAACAGUUUCCCAAAAUGUUAGUGCAAAUUGCUCAUUACUGUUGCCACCAUAGUUUUGUUAACAACUGAAUCAGAAGAGUGCUGUGCCUCAUGUUGCUUUCAUGUCUUCCUAAAAGUCGGGGUCUCUCAGCGGAAAAAUCUACUGGAAAAAAUCCUCAAGCUUAUGGUCAGUAAAGCUGAAGCUCACACAUCUCAAAAUCCAAUAUGUCUGCCACCCACAUACUGUAAAACAAUGAAGGCUGAAAUAAAGAAGUUGCUUAUUUGCAC